AUGCUGCGACGUGUGAAGGCGGUUGAGUGCCUUUUUGCGGUACACGUGGCCGCGUUGCGGUCGGUGUCUCGGCGAAAGCCGCCUCAUGAGACGACUGCAAAUUUACCUGGCAAUCCCACUCCUCAGAUUGAUGACGGGGGCGAAAAAGAUGGAGGCGGCAAGACAAAAGGAGGAGCUGGGACGUCACAGGAGAGCUUCGGCAGACGCCUGUUUACGUCGUGGCAGCAGGGCGUCGUUGCCAGCAUGGGCGCAGUGAUGGGGAUAGGCGCCGUUAGCUUUUUUUUCUAUGCCCCCGUGAAGGACGACACCGUGCAUCACACGGCUGUCGUGGCAUCGGAGGCACUGGGCGACGCGCGUCUGCGUGAGCAGGCCAUACAACUCUCAAAGGAGGUUGUGGAAAAUGUGUUGAAGGAUGCCAAAACCCUCGACCUUGUCGUGCGGCUCGUAGUCCAGGUGCUGCGGCAAGAUGACACCAUGAUUGCCGUCUCCUCCUUCCUACGCGCCCUCUUUGAGGACCACUACACCCAGGAGGUGACCAAAAAGUUUGUCUUGAUGACUGUCCUGGACCCGUGGAUACAGGAGCAGCUGCGUGGCAUAGCGAAGGACCUUGCAAAAGGUUUAUUGAAGGAUCCAGAGGUAAAGAAGGCACUGGUGGAAUUCCUCACCGAUUCUGCCGUCGUUUCGCUACGGGAUGAGGAACUGCGCUACGAUGCAGCACGUGCUGUGAGGUCGGUAGCGAAGCGUAUUGUUAUGCCAUGGUCCUGA